UUCGGCGGCCCGACGUCUCUAUCUUUUUCACGAACACCGUCCCGGCGGCAUCUCUCACGAGCAACCAUCCCCUGUCCUUGCGGCCGGCGGCAUCUCUCUUUUACGUACUCCUUUAUCGGCGGCAUCUUUCUCUCUCGAUUAUUCAUCCCAGCGUAUUCUAAUUUAUUACGAUGGCUGAUGGUCAUGAAACUGAUAAGAAUAUUGAAAUAUGGAAAAUUAAGAAGUUGAUUAAAGCACUUGAAGCCGCAAGAGGCAAUGGGACUAGCAUGAUCUCUCUCAUCAUGCCUCCGCGUGAUCAAAUAUCCCGUGUUACUAAGAUGCUUGGUGAUGAAUUUGGAACUGCUUCCAACAUUAAAAGCAGGGUAAAUCGCCAAUCUGUUUUGGGUGCCAUCACAUCGGCUCAGCAGAGACUCAAGCUGUAUAACAAGGUUCCUCCAAAUGGGCUUGUGCUAUAUACAGGGACUAUUGUGACUGAAGAUGGAAAAGAAAAGAAAGUUACAAUUGAUUUUGAGCCUUUUAGGCCUAUAAAUGCAUCUCUCUAUCUCUGCGACAACAAGUUUCAUACGGAAGCCUUGAAUGAACUCUUAGAAUCUGAUGAUAAGUUUGGCUUUAUUGUCAUGGAUGGUAAUGGAACACUUUUUGGCACAUUGAGUGGUAACACUCGCGAAGUCCUUCACAAAUUUAGCGUUGACCUUCCUAAGAAACAUGGAAGAGGAGGCCAGUCAGCACUUAGAUUUGCCCGUCUUCGGAUGGAGAAGCGACACAACUAUGUGAGGAAAACAGCUGAGCUUGCAACCCAGUUCUUUAUUAAUCCUGCCACUAGCCAACCGAAUGUUUCAGGAUUGAUACUGGCAGGAUCGGCUGACUUCAAAACAGAGCUCAGUCAAUCUGACAUGUUUGAUCCUCGCCUUCAAGCCAAAAUACUUAAUGUGGUCGAUGUCUCUUAUGGAGGGGAAAAUGGAUUCAAUCAGGCUAUUGAAUUGUCGUCGGAGAUCCUGUCUAAUGUAAAAUUUAUACAGGAGAAGCGCUUGAUUGGAAAGUACUUUGAAGAGAUUAGCCAAGACACAGGGAAAUAUGUCUUCGGUGUUGACGACACACUGAAAGCUCUGGAGAUGGGUGCCGUUGAGAUACUCAUUGUUUGGGAAAACUUGGAUAUCAAUAGGUACGUAUUAAAGAAUGCUGCCACUGGUGAGAUUAUUAUAAAACACUUGAAUAAGGAACAGGAAGCUAGUCAGAGCAACUUUCGUGACCCAGUCAGUUCUGCCGAGUUGGAGGUUCAAGAAAAGAUGGCGUUGCUGGAAUGGUUUGCAAAUGAGUACAAGCAGUUUGGUUGCACCCUGGAAUUCGUUACCAACAAAUCACAAGAAGGAUCACAGUUCUGCAGAGGAUUUGGUGGUAUUGGAGGAAUUCUUCGUUACCAGCUUGACAUAAGAUCGUUUGAUGAACUAUCUGAUGGGGAAGACUACGGUGAUUCUGAAUAGCAAUCAAUCAAUCAUUCCCCAUUGCUGGUGCAGAUGGAGAUGGGGAUAAAGAGCUUGCACCAGCGCUCAGGGUUCGCGGAGUUUAGCCUUGGUUUGAACUGGAAAAUUUGUAGAGGCUUUAUUAAGGGGUUAUGUCCUAUUGAUCUGGAUUUAGCGCAAAUUAUCCGAUAGAUCGUCAAGGAUAUAUGCUUCUUCAAUCUGUUGCGGCAGUGCUGCCCUUGUUCUCGUGGAGAGGUUGCUGUCUGAGAGUCAGUUACUAAAAUAUUUUAAGUACUGCAAUAAGAUUCAAUGCCGUAUGAUAUGAUAUUAACUUUGAGUUUCUGUCAUGUUGACUAUUAAUCGGUUGGUCACGAACCAUGUCAGUUUGAUAUCUGAAUUUAUGUGGGUUACAAAAUUUGAAGGUUUUGUUCA